AUGCCUACUAAAUCAGUCACAAUGGCCGCCAUCGACAUGUCCCUCGUCGCCCGCAGCGAAGCUGCUAUUUCCCAGCUCGUCAAGCGAAAGAACUUCGCUGCCAGGGAACCCGGUGUCAUCGUCGUUUUCGCCAUCGUCGGUGCCGUCGCCAUUCUCGUCAUCGGCAUGUUGAUCCAGAAGAGGGUAAGAUGA